AGACGCUGGAGGACGUUGGAUCCCUUGGAUCAUCGUAUUUGAAGCUGAACUCACACGGAAUAGACAGGAACUAGGACAUCACUCCAGGAAAAUACUGGUUAGUGACUUAUUCCUUAUAUUCUAGCUUCAGGUAUCAACCUAGUGGUCAAGCUGGGGGCGCGACCGCUACAAGCCUGAGAAGAGACAAACAAAAUGUCUUCGAAGGUUGCUGUUGUAACUGGUAGCAAUACUGGAGUUGGUCUGGCCAUCGUUCGAGCUUUCUGCAAGCAUUUUGGUGAGAAUGGAGCUGUAUAUUUGACGGCAAGGAAUGAGGAGCGAGGGAUGCAGGCCGUAGAAGUCUUGAAGAAGGAAGGUCUUAAUCCUAGAUUCCAUCUCCUUGACGUGGACGAUGUUAGCAGUAUGGAGAUGCUUCGAGAUGAUAUCAAGACUGAGCAUGGGGGCUUGGAUAUCCUGGUCAACAAUGCAGGAAUCGCCUAUAAGGGUAACCCUCCAAUGUCUGAGCAAGCUGUCGGAUCUAUCAAGACCAACUACCAUGGUGUCCGUCUAAUGACUGAUACGUUCCUACCGAUCAUCAGAGAUGGUGGAAGGAUCACGCAUGUUGCUAGCAUGGCGGCUCCUAUGGCCUACUACAGGUUGAGCGAAGAACUUCAGGAACGUUUCAAGCAAGUCUCAACUGUACAGGACGUGACGAACCUCAUGAAUGAAUUCAUUGAGGCUACCAAGAUUGGAGACCAUGUCCAGAAGGGUUGGCCAGAUUGGGCCUAUGGGACCAGUAAACUUGGAGUAGUAGCCCUCACCAAAAUACAGGGUGAAAAUGUUAGCAAGGAUUCAAGCAAAAAGGAUGUUCUCAUUAACUGUUGUUGUCCUGGCUACGUUGCUACCGGCAUGACGGCGCAUCAUACUGGUGAAAAUGCAAAGCAUAGGCUCACCCCAGAUCAGGGGGCAGAUACCCCUGUCUACCUGUCCCUCCUACCAGCCGGCACCACCAACAUUCAAGGAAAGUUUCUGUAUAAGAGAGAGAUUAAAGAUUUCUUCACAGUUGAUAUCAGACCAAUUACAUUGAUAUAAUUUGUUAUUUCAGUGUCACAUUUACGAUCCAACUUAUCUUUUAAUAAUAGAAGAACUCAUGUGAUUUGAAAACUGUAAAACAACCUUUAUUCUUUGUCUUAUAUCUUGAUUUUGAUAGUAACUUUGAUGAGAAUGAUAAUUAUGAACACUGUGAUGCCAAAGAUGGUGAUGAUGAUAAUGAUGAUGAUGAUAAAGAUGAUGAUGAUGAUGAAGAUUAUAAUGAUGAUGGUGAUGAUGAUGAGGAGGAGGAGGAUGAAGAUUUUGAUGAUGGAAAUAUCAUAAUUAGUAGUCGAAGUAGUAUCACUGGUAUUGUACAAGUGUAAUUAUUGAAUUGCUAUUAUUAUGUCUUUCAUAUUGUAGGAGCUAUAUUUUAUAUAAUUUACGAGCUUGAAGUAUACGCAGGUUCUUCCAACACACGAACAAUGGUUUGAAAUUCUUUGCACAAGGUACUAUAUUUCAAUACAUAUUCAAAUUAACUUGAAGAUGACAAUAAGAAAGUAAUAUAUCAUCAUGGAUAAGAACCAAUCAUAUGUAUAUAAGGAGUCUUACAACAUGAAUGUUCAUGAUUCAGCCAACCAGAAGAGAGGAGGGGAGUUAUUAACAUAGCUGAAUAGAGGACCAAGAGAUAAAAGGAAUUUGAUAACAAAAGGAAUGGUCAAGUGAGGGAUGCAAGGAAUGAUGGAUAGAUGAGUGUAAAAAAGUAGAUGUGGAUAACAAAGAUAGAUGAGGGUAAUAGGCAAGAAGACUGGUGAAGACGGGUAGCAUUUAUAGCAAAAAAAGAGGAAUGUAAUAAGGGUUAUUUUGAAAGAGCUAUGUACUGUAUAUGUCAAGGGGUUAAAGGAGCUGAACCCUGGCUUACAAUCAAUGAAAAGAUUAAAAGAUGAUUAUCGAUGAUUACUGAACAAAACUGCAAUGAACUCAAAUAAUGUACAAACUUGUUCUCCACAAUAUAAAUUAUUUUUUAUAUGGAAAUUAAUUUAUACUAGAUGAUUCUGGUAAAAAAUUGUAAGUGUUCUUUGAUGAGCACAUCAAGGUGUGAUAAAUAUAUUUGCCCAUCUCUGUCAAUCAGUUUCAGGAAACACCUUUGCCAUUCUUGGUUAGUUAUUAAAACAUAUUCUCUCAUUUGCUGUAUUAUAUACUUAAUUGUCAGAACUUUGUAUAACUCAUAUUGAAUGGUUUUAAUGGUGCUUUCAAAUACUAUUUUCACACCUCAACUGGCUGCUUUUUACUUGAUACUUUUUAUUGGCAUUUAAGAAAAUACUGAAAUAAUUUUAUGGCAGAGAGAAAUAAAGUACUAAGUAUAUCAGCA